GCCACCGAUCUCCCUCGCGCAUUACGGCUUAGCCUCGAACAAGAAGACAAUGACAGCAUCACGGGAAUACUGCUGAAAUACAUAGGCCACAAUAAGCAAAGUGGCCUCGGCUCUUUUAGUGGUCUUAAUCUAGGUGCUCUUAAACCUAGUUGGCUCUUCCCAACUUUGACUGGAACCACAUUCGUUGCUCCCGUGUCUGUUGAGGGGAAGAAUAUGGCCCUAAAGGUUCAGAGCUGCAAGGAGAAGCGCCGUCAGCGUCAACUGGUGAAGGAGUCCAUCCCCCAGGAUGCAGCCAGCCCCCAGCUUCAGCUGAGGUACACCUUCUCCCGUGGUCACCUGAUGCAGCAGAUGAAGAACCCAAACCCUGGACUUGUUUUGCCGACGCCAAAGAAGGCGCAUUCACACCCAGGUCUCUCUGAGAAGGAGAGGUGUGGGUCGUAUGAUGCUCUGGAUGGUGCGACGCCCAGGAGGAAGUCUGGAAUGCAGAUAAUGAAAGAACUGUUAUUCAAGUCCAGCUCUCAAGAUGACAAUUCGUAUGAUGCCCUUCAAGUUAACAAGAGCCAACAAAGCAACAAAUGGAGAAGGAAAACCCUGGCCACCAGCAGUUUCAGGGAGCCCAGCCCCACACCAGAGAGUCAAGACCGAAGAAGAAGUUCCCUGGUCACCAUAGCGGUAGAUGAACCAGACAAUUCUAAAGUGAAGCCUCCAAAGUCCCCAAGCUUCUCUUUUCAAAAAGAAGAGUUUGAAGAGUGGAAGAAAGGAAGUGUAUCUGGUGCUAAUACACCUUUCUCACGUUUUGACCCUCGCUUGACCCCCGAGGCUGAGAGCAAGGACUGUCUCUUAGAAGAAAUUCCAUGGACAAGUAAAUUUGGAAGACAAGGGACGGAUAUCACCAAGAAAAUUGCAUCUCCUCUAAAACGUCCAAGCUUGCCUGUCACUCCAUCUCGGAAGAUAACCCGACCCUUGAAAAGAGUGAAGUCCAACAUUGAGAAAGGCACUCCAGGUUCCCCAUACUUAUUGUCUGUUGAGGAUUACCUUCUACCAGUACCAAAAAUAGUGAUAACCCGUAAACCUGCUGACAUGGUCGAUACUCCCCCCUCGAUUUCUCUUGAGGAUCUACUUCUACCACGAAGAAAGUUCACCAAUGAACCUGGUCCCAUCAUCGAUAUUUCCUCCUUGAUUUCAACCACCAAAAAUGUGUCAUUUUCCCAUGUUGAACAGUUUGAGAGCAUCCUAGAAAGCAGUUUGGAGUGCUCAGAGAGUUCUAUUCCAUCUGGGUCUAAUUCCAACAUUCCAGAAAUGCCACGGAAACGCAGCCUCACCGAAGGUAACCUCCCAGGAAUGGUGUGUCACCAGCAGGAUCUGGUCUCCCUCGAUGUCUCGUCCAACCGCAUAGGUAGCCUGAGUGACCUCAUGGACAAGUCACUUCUUGUCCACUUUCAAGCCAUCCAGAAACUAGACCUAAGUCAGAACCAUCUACAAAAUGUCCCUGAUGAGCUUUUUGAGUAUCUGCCAAAACUGGAAGAGCUUUACUUGAGGUACAACUUCAUCACUACUUUCCCUGCUCAGGCACUGGCAUGUAAAGGGCUCAAGAUUAUGGACCUCUCCUUCAAUCAUAUAGAAGAUAUCAGCAAGCCUCCAGCCACCACGUCGUUCUCCAUUCACCACUUCAACAUAUCUCAGAACCGCCUGGGCUCCAUCCCUGACUGGAUCAGUGAUAACAUGCCAGGACUGACAGAGCUGGAUAUCAAGGGAAACAAGAUCACCAAGUUACCUGACCGUCCACUUCUGCUGAAGAAGCUGCACACAUUGGACAUAGCUCAGAAUUACUUGACCGAGAUACCAGAGCAGUUCCUGGAGGAGUUCAAUGCACUGGAGAAAUUAGAUGCCUCCUGUAAUGAACUUGAAAAAUUGCCCUCGCCCCAGGUGGCAAAAACCUUGCCAAAGCUUCAAACACUAAAGCUUAGUCGCAACAGACUGGGUCAGGAAGAGGCCCCCUAUAUCCCAAAGUUCAUCCUACAUCUAGAGAGGUUGGAAAGCCUAGACCUGAGCCACAAUGAUCUGACUGACAUUCCAACACCCAAAAACUGGAAGACCCCAAACUUGAGGGAAUUUUUCCUAGGAAAUAAUAAGAUAGAAAAGUUAAACCUAGGUGGAGAAGAGGCUAGACUCUGGUCUGGGUUAGAAAGACUAGAGAUCAACCACAAUGAACUGAGUGAGGUUCCCAAAGAGAUAGGUCUCCUGUCGUCUUUGACAUCUUUAGAUAUUGGUCACAACUCAAUACUUACUUUGCCAGAUGAGAUGGGAAGACUUAACAAACUUUGGGAGUUAAGAUAUGAUAGACUGGAGCUAGAUUUGCCCCAAGCCAUACUGAAGGGGAGAACCAGGGACCUUAUUGUCUACCUGUCUGAGAGACUGAGAAAUGCCUCAGAGCACUAUCGUAUGAAGAUGAUGGUGGUGGGAUAUGCGGGGCGAGGGAAGUCCACGUUGAUACGGACUCUGAUGAAAUUACCCCAACCAGACAAGAGUAUAGCUACAGUGGGGGUACAGGUGAAAGACUGGGAACUGCGCACAGGCCGUAGAAAGCCACCACACUACACACUGAGUACAUGGGACUUUGCUGGUCAAGAAGAAUUCUACAACACCCAUCAGUGUUUUCUGUCCAACCGGUCACUCUAUCUGGUGGUCUACAACCUACAGAUCGGCCCCUCUGAGGUGGAAACUUUGAGACCAUGGCUCCUGAACAUCAAAGCCAGAGCUCCCCAUAGCCCUGUUAUCAUAGUGGGAACACACAAAGAUGGCCUUGCCAAAGAUGAAAGAGAGCAAAAAAUCAAAGAGAUGCGAAGUCUGAUUUCUGAGCUGUGCUGCAAACCAGGCUUUCCUGAUGUAAAAGCUGUGAUAGAAUUGAACUGUUGCUAUGAGAGCAGUGACAUAGAGCGACUGCGGGACAAGAUAAAGGAGGCAGUGGAAGGGUUUAAGAUCAAAGGUCAGCCAGUGAUGGGACAGAAGAUUCCAGAAAGUUUCAUUAAACUUGAAGAACUGGUAUCUUAUGAAGCCAAGGCACGUGCAACAUUGCCCGUCAUCAAAGCUCAGACACUUCGCAAGAUCAUCAAAGAUGCCAAUCUUGACCUGGAUAAUGAGGAAUUAAAACAGGCUGUUCGUUUCCUGCAUGAGUCUGGCGUGAUGCUGCACUACGAGGAUGCCUCUCAACAACUAGAGAACUUUUAUUUCCUGGACCCCCAGUGGCUGGGGCGCAUGAUGGCACAGGUCAUCACUGUGAGGGAGAUCAACCCUUUCAUUGACGAGAAGGGGAUCCUGCGUAAAACAGAUAUUAAUUUGCUCUUCAAUGGAAAGAGGUUUGAAAAGUUCAACUUUCCAACAAGCUUGAUACCCCAGUACCUGCGACUCUUGGAGAAGUUUGAAAUCAUCUUACCACGUGGCAACGAUGAAUUCCUGAUUCCAUGUCGUCUGCCAGCAAAGAAACCACCAAUCAGCUUCCCAGGAUUGAGUGAUGUCGUGGACAGCAAUGGCAACAGGAAGCCAAUACAGAUUCAGCGCCAGUACGAGAUGCCGUACAUUCCACUUGGGUUCUGGUCCAGGCUAAUAGCAAGACUUGUAGUGUUCAUUCCAAAAAUGUCUGCUAAUAAUCCAGACUCUGGGGUUGUCCCUGAGACAGUGUACUGGAUAGAAGGCAUAUGUGUCUACUGGUCAGAGCUAUUGUAUUUUAUGAUUGAGCCAUUCUGUAGAGAUGGGCACGAGGUGGUGGUUAUUACUGUGCCUCUCAGCAAGAUGGGGACAAGUGUGCUGGGACACAUAGUGGACCACAUUGACACUCUGAUAGAGGAGUGGUACCCUGGUCUCACAGAGAAGUCUCCCACUGGAUUAGAGCUGGUACAGAGAAUAGUACCCUGCUCACAGUGCAUAGGUCCAUCUAUCCACCAUUUUGUCCUGGAUGACCUGGUCAGUCAGUCGGAGCUGGACGCAUCAAUGAACUGCCCCAACUGUGGGCCAGUGCCCCUGAGUAGACUGGCUCCAGAUGUGAUAUUUGCGGACUUGGAAGAUCAUUUUCAAAUUGACCCACAGAGCUUUUUCUUUAACAAAAGCCCAGAGUACUUACUUGGUGAUGGUGGGUUUGGGUCAGUGUACAGAGCCAAAUACAAGAAUAAGGAGGUCGCUGUGAAGGUGUUCAAUGCUGUAGGAGAUAUUCAUCCACAUAAGAUGAUGAGACAAGAGGUGACUAUAAUCCGUGAGCUGAACCACCCAAGUCUGAUAUCCAUGGUAGCAGUGGGGGUCAACCCCAGGGCUAUUCUGUUGGAGGUGGCCCCCUUGGGAUCUCUUGGAUCAUUGCUAAAAACAAGAACUCUGGGCAGAGCGGAACAACAAAGAAUUGCUAUGCAGGUGGCUGAGGGAAUGGCCUAUCUCCAUCAUAAUAUGAUUAUCUACAGAGACAUGAAGCCAGAGAACAUCCUCAUCUUUAACCUGGCUUUGGGACCCAAUGUAGUGAUCAAUGCCAAGAUAUCUGACUACGGAAUCUCCAGGUUCGCAGCACCCUGUGGACUGAGGGCUUCUGAGGGUACCCCGGGAUACAGGGCGCCUGAGGUGAUCAGAGGGGAAGUGUACGGGGCACAGGCUGACAUGUAUUCAUUUGGAAUGACCCUGUAUGAGCUGGUCACUAAUGGCAGACAUCCUUAUGAUGACUUAUCAUUCAGAAACCAGCUAGAUGAGGCAGUGCUGAUGAAGCGGCCAAUCAACCCCAUCACAACCAAGCUAGACCCUAUGACAGGGAGGCCAUGCUGCCAGCCAUGGCCAGACAUGCAAGAUGUUAUAUAUCUCUGCCUCAAGUAUGUGCCAGAGGAGAGACCUACCGCAGCAGAAAUCCAUGAGAAACUGGAGCGCUGUGACUUGCUGAGUCUCAGAAACUUUCUGCCAAUUUCAAAGAACAUGACAGUAGAAUGUAUGACACUUAGGCAUGAUGGUGAUGGGAUGGAGUUGUGGGUAGGCAGUGGAGGCAGUGAGGACUGUGCUCAGCUCUCCUGGGUCAGCCUAACAGAAAACGAUCCCAAGAUCCUGGAUCUGACUCUGAGUUUACAAGGGAAGUUUCAUCCAGACAGCCGUAUUCUCUGCCUAACGACCAUUGGCAGCAGCUGUGUUUUGAUUGGUUGUCUCUCUGGCCAUAUAUGGGUAUAUGAUGCCUAUACACGGGAACACAAGCAUAAGUUGCCUAGGUUACCGGAUUCUGUGCUGUGCAUGCACUUUCAUCAAAACCAGUCUGGAGAUGCCCAAGUCUAUGUGGGCUUGGCCAGUGGGCAGCUCGCUAUAUUUGAUGCAAACAAUGUCCUCACUGAUGCAUUUGCGGAACCAUCAUACACGCUUAGAUUUGGAGAAUCCUCUGAACCUAUCCGUUGCAUCGUACCCCACACUCAAUCCAAGACACUCUAUAUUGGGUGUGGGAGCAAGAUUGUCAUGCUUCUUCCUGACACCUGGAGGGAUAUUCCACAAGAAAUAGACACAGCAACAGAGCAGUCCCGGGGUAUCAUCUGUGCCAUGGUAGUGUCCAGAAAGUACCUCUACCUGGCUAAGAUGCAGGAGGCCACUGUGGAGGCAUGGGACCUCAAUAAGCAAGUUCUCAAACAUACCAUUGACAUUUACAAAACUGUCAGUGAGUUUGACCCAUCUAUGAAGUUGUCCCGAGGCGACUGUCGUGUGACGUCGUUGCUGUUACAGAACACGCACACUCUGUGGGUAGGGACAGGGGAGGGGUUACUCGUGAUACUGGACACCAACUCCUUACGACCAUGCGCUGUGCUGAAACGCCACCGCACUGCUGUCAGAUGCAUGAUUAAUGUCAUACUGAAGAGUCAGAGGGGUACAUCCUGUGUGGUGACUGGUGGUUUUGGGUUCCAUACAUUCCGAGAGGAGUUUGAAACUGCUCAGGAUGAGAAGACCUAUGGCUAUAUAGCAAUGUGGGAUGGAGGGUUGGACCAACAUGCCAGACAGCUGCAGGAGUAUCAAAAACGACGCCACGGGGGCUUCAUGGACGCCGACUCCAUGUCUGUUCACUCCGACUCUUUCUCUGUACUAAAAGAACAGCAGGACUGGAGGUGAAAUAAAAUUAUUUACCAAUGACAUAAGUGACAGACAAUCUGAAAUGAAAUAAUUCAGUGUUUCAGAAAAGAAACUGGUGAUUUAGAAUGGAUGGAUCUCCUCUGGUAAAGUCUGCAGGAUCUGAAGUCUAGCUUCAAUCAGAAUCAUAUCAUAAAACAAAGGGGACCUGUCAUUUAAGUGCACAGAAUAUACAGAUAGCAUUGCCUUGUUUACUUGUAGAUGUACAUUUUGAACAAUCAGAUGUCUCAUUUGUAUACCCAUGAGGUGAAAAUUCAGAGGCCAUGUUUGUUCACUGGGUCACAUUACCCAACAGACUACCCAUACAUUAAUAUCUAGAUACAGACAAUGAAUUUAAAAAAAAAUGAAAUCAUUGGAGGUGAUGAUGUGAUACCAUAUGGUCAAAUUUAUUCAGAGACAGAGCAGGCAUAAUUCGUGGAACUGAAGUUAUCAUAAUAUAUAGUGAACAAUUUGAUACCUUGUUAAGUGUAUCUUUUGCAUGUCUUUUUGUUUCAAAUCUGUGAAAAGAUGGUGUAUAUACAGUUUUGUAUCAUAUUGUAUUUUACAUUUUAACAAAUUAGUAGCAUUUUCAGUGAGGUGCACUUAAUAUUUUGAAAAAAAGGCCCAAAGACUUGAUAUGGUCUAAUGGGAUCAAUGUGUGCUUGUAACAUGGGUUAGUAUACCUCAAAGAAGGCAAAACUUACAAGGAAAAGUUCAAAGUGACUGCAACUUACAGGACAGAAAAUAUUCUAUUACUUCAUGGCUGUUCUAAAUGUUAUUAUAGACAUUCCCUUAUUAGCAAAGGCCUUAUAUAUUUUCUUUACUUUGUUCAACUUACAGUUCAUAUUAGUGAUAUAACUAGUUUUCACUUAAUUUUGAGAAAGACGUUUAUCAGGGGUGCACUAAACAAUCAUUUUUGUUAAGAUGCAGUGGUUAAAAUAGCUUUUGCUGGUGACAUUGUCAAAAUAAACAUUCCAUGUUAUAUACAAUAUUCAACAAUCAUAAUGUGAUAGAUCUAUGUGUUCCCAAUUUAUAACUUUUCUCUUAGAUAUAGAUAUUGAUUUGUACAGUUCUCUUAUAUAACCUAAUCAAAAUUUUGUAUACUGCUUUAUGUACUGUGCAAGUUGAUGUAACUGCCUAGAAAAGUAUGCAUCUUCAGAUUUAUUUCAAUUUAUAAAAUGUUUGUAAAUAUAUUUGUUUAAUUCUUAGUAUGUUGUUUGCAUACUUAACUUAUUUCCUGUAAGAUAUAAUUAUUGUACCUGUAUUUUCCUUUGACUGAUAUAAGACAUCACACUCAAAUAAUAUGUAUAAUUGUAAAUUUGUUUUUGACAU